UCUGCCUGCCCUGCCACCACCAUACCCUGCUCCAAGUCCAUAAAAUCUUGGCCGGGACUUGGGGUUUUGUCUCCAUCGCUUACCCACCCCCUCCUGACCCUCUUGAAUUCCAUUCCUCUCGUCUCCGCCUGCCCGCGCCAGCUGUUCCCCCUCCAUCACGUCACUGGCGCUUUUAGCAGUCCCGUCCGUCCUCUCUCAACUGUCCCCAAGCGCGAUAGAGUUGAGAGCGGCCGCGACAGAAAAUAA